GCCGUACGCAGUGGUGGAGACCGACAUGGAGACGGCGGGCACUGGGCCUGGUGAGCCUUCUCACCUGGAGACUCCGGCGCCCACGGACGAUCGGCUUUUCCUGGUUAAAGGUGGAAUUUUCCUUGGUUCUGUUGCCGCAGCAGGAAUGUUGGCUGGAUUUGUUACCACACUAUCAUUGGCUAAAAAGAAAAGCCCUGAAUGGUUCAAUAAGGGAAGCAUGGCUACAGCUGCCUUACCAGAGAGCAGGUCUUCCCUUGCCUUGAGAGCUCUUGGCUGGGGCUCACUUUAUGCCUGGUGUGGGGUUGGUGUGAUCAGCUUCGCAGUCUGGAAAGCUUUAGGAGUUCACAGUCAAUAG